AUGACGAAAAUCUUGAGCUCGAAAGCCCAGGAUUUCUUAUGUGACUGGAAUAGCAGUAACGAGUUCAUCUACGAUGCGAAUAGUAAUGGACGUUACACUAGGAAAGAGAUUGGCCUAUAUGUCAUAGCAUUACAACAUAUAGAUUCGGCUCCAAAACUUCCAAGAGGAUUUGAACUAAGAAACUACUUGUUUCAGAUGAACCUUGAAAAGGCGACACCGGGCACAAACCCAACAAAAUCCUAUAAGUCCGAGGAUAUCAAGCAUCUGGAAAGCGCAAUAAUGUUCUAUGUUGGAUUCAAGAACUGGAUGAGAAUCCAAGUGGAUAAUUUCCGAGUCCCAGACGAGAUCAAACCAGGUCAGGCCGAAGAUACAUCAAUCGAAGCGAUGAUGCGGGCUGUUUCCGGGAGCAAACAGACGAAACCCAAGCAGAACCAAGGGGAUACACUCGAGCUCGGAUUAGAAGAAGAUACAAAUAAUGACGAUGACGAAGAAGAAGAAAGAGAAAAUACAAAGUUCAAUCCACAUCCCAGACUCUCUAGUCGACAGGCAGUGCAAUUGUGUAUCAAUCUUUCUUCUGAAGAAGAUCGAAUGCAUGGGUUUGGUCCCCAAUCAGGCCCAGAACUAUCAUCUGAGGCCAGUUUCCAACCAGAGCGGACAAUACCCUUCCAAAGCAAGGAAACAGAGCAGCUCCCACCCGGCACCUCCUCUACACUAAAAGAUUUCCCGACCAUAUCACGUCCCAUCCCCAUCCAUCCUUCACGAGAAGAGACCACCAGUGUACCACACUCUAUCAUCACUAAAUCUUCAGACGAUUGA